CAUCCCCAAACGACCAUUCCCGAAACCCUAACACACCACGACAUCAAAUUUCCCAAAAGAGCUAUUCAACUGGGAAGGAAGGAGCAAAAAUGCCACGGGGGAAACUAAUCGUCUUCGAGGGUCUCGACCGCGCGGGCAAAUCCACGCAGUGCGAACUGCUCGCCGAGUCGCUGGCGAAGGACGGGGUUAAGGUCAGGCAUAUGAGGUUUCCUGAACAGAUCGAACGACGCCGAUUGGACAGAUGAUCAAUAGUUACUUGAGCGGGCAGAGCGAGCAGGAGGACCAUGUUAUCCACCUUUUGUUCUCUGCGAAUCGGU